AAAUCCCGUGAUUCGUCUCAAACACCCACUUGGGCCAGUGACAUCACGGAGAACUGAGUUGCGUUAGGUUGAAUUAGUUAGUAACAGGUUCAACUUUGGAUUAUUAAUUCAAUGAUAAAGCCAGAGAUAUAAAAUGGUUUUUUGGUUGCUAGAGUUCUGGUAAAUCGCUUAGGAAAUAAGUUUUACCAAAUCUUCUCAGCAUCGUAUACUAGGUUAUAUAUAUCCCACGAUCAUCAAAAUGUCGUUGCGCGGGAAAAAUGUGCUUCUUACAGGGGCCUCUAUGGGCAUCGGGGAAGCCAUCGCUUCUGCUCUGGUUGAGGCUGGGGCCAAUGUGAUCCUAUUUUCGCGCUCCGAGAGUAAGCUAGCACAGCUUAAAGAAAAGCUGUCGGCGACAUCAGAUGUAAAAGUCACAUAUGGGACCGUGGACGUUGGGGAUUAUGCCAGCGUCGAAGCAGCGGUGUCCUCCGCCAUCGAAGAGAUGGGAGACAUUGAUGUUCUCAUCAACAACGUGAGUUCAGUUCCCAAGCCCUCUUUCAUAUUGAAUCGCUAUGUAACACGGAUCGUACAGGCGGGUCUUGCCCUCGGUGCCCCGAGCCCAUUCCCAGAGUUGAAAGUCUCAGACAUCCUAACGAUGAACAAUACCAACAUCAACGGGUACAUGUUCAUGGCUCAUGCCGUCCUGAAUCACUCGAUGCUGCGACGGAAAGCAGGGACGAUUUUAAACAUUACCUCGGUCACAGGCUUAGAGGUCCCGCCGUUCCCAGGCGAGGCUGUAUACCAUGCCAACAAGGCGUGCCAAGAGGCGUUUACAAACGCUUUGCGGAAUGAGCUGAGCGGCACAGACAUACGCGUGCUCGCACUGCGACCGGGAUGUGUUGCGACAAAUUUCCAUUCGUUGCGUGUGGGUCAUGACAAGGAGAUGUACAAUUCCUUCUUUGAGGGAUAUGAGCCACUCGUUGCUCCAGACAUUGCACAGGCAGCUGUUUAUAUGCUUCAACAGCCACCGAAUCUGUCCGUAAAGGCCCUGGAUAUUGUCCCUUCCGCACAACGCUCGUUGAAUGUUUUUGACCGAUCAUGGAACGAGCGGAGAGAAUCCCAGUGAAGAGCUGAGGAAGAUGAGUACCAAUCUUCACAAGCAUAUAGAAUUUCUCAACUGCACACCAAAUACUAGAUCACGAGCUAGUAUUGAACGUACCCGCGAAAUAAAUCAUAAUUGUAUAAACCCUCCAUGGUAUCUGGUUGUUUAGCGAGGCCUUUGAUAGGUAAAAUGGUUGCGAUCGUGAGGUGUUCACUGAAUCAGCAGACUCUAGUCAUCGCCU